AUGAAAAAGAAGGGCUCAUUCGAGUGGACUCUGGAGGCUGACGCGGCCUUCCAAGACCUCAAGAGGUACCUCACAAGCCCACCGGUGAUGGUAGCACCGCACCCCCUUGAACCUUUGGUGCUCUACCUGGCCUCCACGCCUCACUCUGCCAGCGCAACGCUGGUGGCGGUCCGGGAGGAGCGUCUGGUCAAGGGCUCAUGGAGCAGUACCUCUUACCCGGUCGGGAUGUCGCGGCCUCAGGACGGCGCUCCUGAGGCCUUGGCCGCCCCACCGGUCAGCGUGGCUCCUAAGGAUGGCAUCCCCGAGGCCAUGGCUGCCCCAACACAUGACCAACCUCCAGAGGUCCCCCAGUCUCAGGAGGUACAGGACCCCGCCGACGCCUCCACCCUCGUCGAACACCCAGUCAAAAUUCCCCUCUCGCCGCUGGAUACGUCCAACUCCGCCGGACGCGUCCACCGGCCACCUCACCCGAACCAAUCCCCACGCGACACGUCACCUCCGCCGCCGCUCCUGGCCAACCAGGCGCCGCCACCUCACCCAGCCGGUUCCCCUCCACCGCGCCUCUCCACCGCGGGCCCGCCGAGCCCGAGCCAGGCCCUCCCCGGCCCGGCUCCCCGCUCCGCCGCCCGUCGGAGUUCCGCCGCCGCCCUCGCCCUCCGUCGCCGCUGCCUCCUCGCGAGCGUCGCCCGCACGCCGGCCACCACGCGCCGUCCCGCCGCCCGCACGCCGGCCACCGCGUCGUCGCCGGAGCUCCAGCCUCCGCCGCCGCACCUCUUCACCGGCGCCGCCCCCGCGCUGCCUCGUCCCGUCCGCUCGACCUUCCUGACCACCUCGGCAUCCGCGCCGUCGCCGGAGAAGCUCGCCGCCGGUGUUGACCUGCCCCUGGACCAGAUCCACCGGGAGUUAUAG